GAUAGUGACAAACGACAGGAAACCAAAAGAUAUGUCACUGACGAGGCGAGUCGUACGACCACAGAUACGGUCAGCCAGCCACUGACAAGUCGUCGAUUUGUAGACUGGCAGUUGGAGCUCUCGCCGUAG